AGAGAGAGAGAGAGAGAGAGAGAGACCGUAGCUUAAGAUCAGGUUCAAAGUUCGGACGGCACGGCCGCUAGAAGGUCUUACAAUCUCGGAUACACAUUCUCUCUCCCCUAACCAACUCACAUACACUCACUCACUCACCCCCAGCAGCUUGAAGGAAGCAAAUGCAGUUUAAAACGAUGCUCUGUGCGUCUCUGCGAUGUGCUUUGUGCUCACCUCUUUUUCCUACACGCAGAGUUGGGGUGAAUGCCUUCUCAACUUCUUCCUCAUCUUCCUUCGUCCCUCAGUACCAGCCAUGGUCUGGCCUCCAGUGUUGGAGAGAGAGCUCACUUAACGAGAGCCGGGUCUGGGGAUCCAAGGGUCCAGAACAACCACAACCACCACCACCACCACCACCACCCUUGUCAUCAAUUGAAGCCGAGGAGGACCCGACGGCAGCUGCCUCUUCUCUUGCGGAGCUCGGAACUCUAGUUCUCUCCACCGGCGACCCUCUCACCAAGUCCAGGCUCUCCCAUCUCGCCUACUCGAGGUGGCGUUCUGAGGGUCUCCCGCUCGGAGUCUCCAAACCACCUGAUCAACCUGCUCGCCCUCCCAGACCCCAACUGUUAAAUGGGAGAAUGCUUCUGCUAAUUCAGGUGUCCCCAAAGGAGAUUCCAGCUCCCAAGAACUCUGGUUUGCCCCUUAAUGCUUAUAUGCUCCACAAUCUCGCCCAUGUGGAGCUUAACGCUAUUGAUUUAGCUUGGGAUACGGUUGUCCGGUUUUCUCCAUUCAGUGAAGUACUUGGAGAAGGUUUUUUUGCUGAUUUUGCACAUGUUGCUGAUGAUGAGAGUCGACAUUUUGCUUGGUGUUCGCAGAGAUUAGCUGAGCUUGGCUUUAGUUAUGGAGAUAUGCCUGCACAUAAUUUGCUUUGGAGAGAGUGUGAGAAAUCCUCUGGGGAUGUCACUGCCCGUUUAGCAGUGAUUCCUUUAGUUCAGGAGGCUAGAGGACUUGAUGCUGGACCACGUCUAGUGCAGAAAUUGGUUGGCUUUGGAGAUCAUAGGACUUCAAACAUUGUGGCUAGAAUUGCUGAAGAAGAAGUCGCACAUGUUGCAGUUGGUGUGUUCUGGUUUGUCUGUAUCUGCCAGAAAAUGGGACGCAUACCUUGCUCAACUUUUAAAGACCUGUUGAGUGAGUACAAUGUUGAGUUGAGAGGCCCUUUCAAUUAUUCAGCUCGAGAUGAAGCUGGCAUACCACGACACUGGUAUGAUGGAUCAUUUACGGAUAAUCUUGGUAACAAUGAACAGCUUGCAGGGGUAAUAACCCAAGAAAGUCUAUGACAGGCUGGCUUGCAUCAUCUCAAUGGAGAAGGAAAACUCAAAUUUGAGUAAUUAGCUGCCUUACGUCUUCGGUGCAUGUUACCGAAAGAAUAGAUGUCUCCUUCAAUGCAGCUAUCAAAAGCGGAUUUUCCAGAUCAGUUGCAUGAUAUAUUUACGCUAUACCUUAAGAGCAAGAAUUAUUUUGUA